AUGGAGCUGGCCAACAGGACCACAGGAAUUCAAGAAUUCAUUUUGCUGGGGUUUCAAGUCGGGCAGCUGGAACAGCUCCUGCUCCUCGUCUUUUUCACUCUUCUUUACAUGCUCGCCAUGGCUGAGAACAUCACCAUCAUCACCCUGGUGCAUCUUGACACCCACCUGGCCCGGCUUCCCAUGUAUAUCCUGCUGAGCAACUUCUCUUGGUUGGAGAUGUGUUACAUGAGCACUACUGUGCCCCGGAUGCUCUUGGACCUGGCAAUGUCCAACAAGAUCAUCUCCUUCAGUUCCUGCUUCCUUCAGUUUUACAUUUUCUUCUCUCUUGGUAGUACUGAAUGCUUCUUUCUGUCAGCUAUGGCCUUGGAUCGAUACUUGGCCAUCUGCCACCCAUUGCGCUAUCCACAGAUCAUGUCCCCUAACUUUUGCUAUGCCCUGGUAACUGCUUCUUGGGUCCUGGGCUUUCUGGCAUACAUUUUCCCAGUGAUAUUGAUCUCCAAGAUGUCUUUCUGUGGCCCCAACAUCAUUAAUCACUUUUUGUGUGAUCCUGGGCCACUUCUGUCUUUGGCUUGCCCCCCACUAGCAAACGCUCCCCUCAUUAGUCAGAUUUUCAUGGAUGCUGUGGUGAUUCUAGGCAACAUGUUGUUUGUUAUGCUAUCGUAUGGUGCCGUCAUUCUCACCCUGAUGAAAAGCUCUAGCCAAGGCAAUCGGUUGAAGUCCUUCUCCACCAUAUCAUUUCACUUAGUGGUGGUGACACUUUUCUAUGGCCCAGUGGCAGGGUUGUAUGCAAUGCCCGGUGGAGAAACUGAUUCAAGGGUCAUUAAGAUAGUCACACUCUUCUAUACUGCCAUAACACCGUUUCUUAACCCCAUGAUUUACUGCCUGAGAAAUGAUCAGGUGAAGGAGGCAUUGUGUAGACUAUGGAAAAGAAAGACAAUAUUUGUGAAGGGAAAAGUGACAGUGUAA